GACUAAUCCGUGAACAAACACAAUGAGUCAAAUGGGAGCCAGAGCUUUUAGAUAGCAAACCCAGGAGCUAGAACAUGCUAUCAGGGUGUCAGAUUAUUCUUUGCAACAGUCCAUUUUGUCCCACAGGUCUGUGUCCAAUCUGUUCUUUUUCCUCUCCCAGUCAGUUAACAGGAUAAAAGUUGGCAGAAACAAUCUUACACUGAUGUCUGUGGGCACGUCCCAAAUGUGUUUCCUGAACUACGGCUUUCAAGGUCAACAAGAGCAUUUGUAUUAUUUAAAAAAAAAAAAUUAUUGUUUACAAAAUGUGAAAUGCAGACCACCUAGUCUUAAACAUUUUUUCAGUUUUUCCUUUGGCAAGCUGAUAUUGGGCAGAAACAUGUUUAAUCUGGCAAAGUAAAAGUCUUCCUCCCCUAAAUUUAAAGUGACAAACAGCAGCCCAGCGCCAAGCUCUUUGAUUAAUCACACCUGCAGCUCUAAUGCAAUAAUUGUCCAAGAACUGCUCACGUCUGCUUGUCAGUGUGUUUGAACAUCUCAGUGCUGACAAACUGAGCCGCUUGAGAGCACAGCAGAUAAAGUGGAGCAGUUUGUUUGGAUACAGAUUGCUGCAGGAAGACAGCGGGAUCUGGACAGUCUCUUCUCUCUGCUUCCUCCUCCUCUUUACAUAACUCCACUCUCACAGAACAGUCAUUUCCCCGCCUGCGCUCUUCCACUGAAGUCGUUACUGGUUUUCUCCCAGCGUCCGUUUGAAAUAAUGAGGCUCGUUGUCGUUCUGGCUGUGUUAAUGGGAGUAAGUGGGAGUCCCGACGUGACAAUCAGCCCUCCGACUGCCUCAGCGGACACGUCAGCUCAUCCCAACAGCAUACCUGAGACGGCGGAUGAAUCUGAGCAGAUAGAGGCACGGACAGAGGAGGGAGCCGAGGAGGAGGAUGUGAUGGCAACUGGUGAGCUGAACCCAAAUCACUACCCUGCUUGGAGGGCAGCUCAGGUGGUCCAACACUACCUCAACACCCGGUACGGUUCACCAUUCAGGCUGAUCGGAGUGCAGACGGUCCACAGUGGGAACGCGGAGGAUGUGGCAGACUCCGGAAGAAAGUAUCAGCUGGAGCUCUCGGUGAAUGAUAUCAUAAGCAAUACUACACAGACUUGCUCUGCAGAGCUUUUCUUUCCAAAAGGAAAAGGGCAACAGCCACCUGAAGUCAAAGCCUCAUGUGAGGAGCUCCUUAAAAUUGACAUUAAAGCUCAAGAAGAGGCUCUAUACCAAAAAUACAAGACCAACCAAACUCUGAUGUCUGCACAGUACUUACCAGACAACUACGGUCACAUCGAGCCCGACAUGAAGCCUUUUUGGCAUCUGGGCAUUCUGGCCUCCAGCUUCAUCAUGCUGAAUGAAUCCACUGAAAACACUCUGUACAACGUGGCUCAGGUGGCCAACAUCACUCAGCUGACAACUGAGGAGGACCACCUGGAGUUUGACUGUCACACACUGCUGCAUGAAAUGGUGUCCCAGGAAAUCAUUCACUGGAAGAUGAUGUUUACCUGGUCUCCUGCAGAGGGGGUUAAAGUGCUGCAGAUGAAGCGGCUGCCUCACCGCCAUGAAAGGGAAAAAUCUCCAAAGACUAACUAAGCUGUGGGUGUUCAUCACACAGCCAAGACCACUUAUUUGUCCUCACAUCUUGUGGGGUCAAAUAUUGGAGCAUAAAUGUUUUGGUUUUUUUUGUUUGUUUGUUUUGUUUUUUAUGAUGACGCUACAAGCACUAGGCACAGAUCUACUGCUGAAACCUAGAAUUUACACUCUUAAAUGCUUGUUUAACUCAUAAGUAUAUGAUAUACUGAAAUUGUUUUAAAUGUCUGUGUUUGGUCUAUUUUAGCCUAAAUAAACUGUUUA